AUGACUCCUGAGAGGGAAUUUAAAUUUCCAGCAGCAGUUUUCAAUGUCCAUAUUCUUCAGUGGAUGCACGGCUGCAAAGGGAGAAUGAAGGACGGCAAGAUGGCGUUCAUUAAAGGCAUGGACAUGUACAGCUACGACGGAAAAGACUUCCUGUCAUUUGACGACAGCCACAGCGUCUGGGUCGCCCCAACAGAGGAGGCGGUCCAGACCAAGAGGAAGUGGGACGAGGUCACGGUCCUAAAAGAAUACACCAAAGGCUACCUGGAGAACGAGUGCAUCGAUUGGUUGGAGAAGUUCAUAAAUUAUGGACAAAAGCAGCUCCAAGAAGCCAUUCCUCCGAAGGUGCACCUGUUCACCAGGAACACCAAAGUGGACGCAAACGUCCGCCUGACGUGCCUGGCCACGGGUUUCUUACCCAAAGAAAUCACGCUGCGCAUGAAGAGGAACAGCCGCAUUCUGACUCCCCAGGACGGAGUCGAGUCCAGCGGCGUGCGACCCAACGGGGACGACACCUUCCAGAGACGAGACAGCGUGGAGAUUCUCCGGAGCGACAUGUCCAUCUACACCUGUGAGGUGAUUCAUCAGGCGUCCAACUUACACGUGGAGGAGGAGUGGGAUCAUAAAGUUCCUGAGAUGUCUGGAGGAAUCCUUAUGAUGGCGAUCGGAGUCGUGCUCGGGAUCCUUUUCAUGGUCGCGGUCGGCGCCGUGCUGUUGGUCUUGUACAAAAAAGGAAAAUUUGGCCGCCGUCUCUGGACCAGUAACAACUAA